GUAACAAGAAGUGUUGUCUGCUACCCUAUAACUCCCAAAUAUGACGAUUUACAAUUUAUACAUUUUUGACAGAAAUGGAACGUGUUUGCACUACGCUGAAUGGAACAGGAAAAAAGAAUCAGGAAUGCCAAGAGAAGAAGAAUACAAGCUGAUGUAUGGUAUGCUGUUUUCCAUCAAGUCAUUCGUGAGCAGAAUAAGUCCCACUGAUGUCAAAGAUGGGUUCUUAAACUUUAAGACAAGCAAGUACAAACUGCAUUUUUAUGAGACAGCCAGUGGGUUGAAGAUUGUGCUGAACACAGACUUGAAGGUUGACAGUGUCAAGGACAUUCUCCAUGAAAUCUACAAAAAUAUCUAUGUGGAAUAUGUAGUGAAGAAUCCAGUAUGUGAGCUGAGCCAACCUAUUGAGACAGAACUGUUUAAACAAAAGCUGGACGAGUACAUUCGAGGUCUUUCAAUAUUUGCCACCAAGGUUUCACAAGUAGACUAAGUUUGAGUGUAUGGUGAACAGUUAGCGAAUGAAUAUCAUUAUGAUCAGGUUUUGUUAGUUGUGUUUAAUUCGUGUGUAUAUUUUGUUUCAUUUUUGUACUGGUAUGUGGAUUCAUACUCGUAUCUGUAAACAUUUGUAAGUGCAAUAUGUUGACCUUGAUGAUUGUUUGUAUAUAUGUGAUGAGAAUUUUCAAAUUAAACCAAUAUGUACACACA